AUGGAACAAACAGAUUUUAUAAGUGCAAGGAAAACGCGAACAACCCAUCUUUCACAAUUGACAAAGAUUUACAAUGAAAUCGAAAAACAGAUGGUGUCUUAUGAAAAUACAGAAAAAGUGAAAGAAUUAUAUGAUCGUCUAUGUAAUAGAUACGAACUUUUCAAAACAGUACAUUUACAAUGUAUGGAUUUGUGCAAAGAUACGGAAACGUUUGAGACUUUAGAAAAUAGUUAUGUAAGCCAACAAAACAAUUUUGUUGAAUGUAACGAACGCUAUACGGAGUGGAUUAAAUGUUUAGAUUCGACAGCAGACGAUGAUAACGCGUCUGUGCGCACGAGAGCUAGUUCGGUACAGUCAUCACGUGCAGCUAUGCAAAACGCAAAAGCAAAGCGACUAGUUGCAGAACAUCGUUUGAAAAUGUUGAGAGAAAAACAGAGACUUGAACGGCAGCAAAAGGAAAUAGAGAAUGAACGUGAACUAUUAGAACAGGAGAGCGAGAUAGAAAUUGCUAGAAUUGAGGAGUCAGUUUUUAAUGAGAGUAACGAAGAAAUUCCAGUAAGUGCACGAAUUACGGCACAGACGCAUCAGGAAAAUGAAUGUGACAUAGAUGCUUCUACUUCCGGUCACACAAAUGUACCACGUGAUACUUCAGAUAGUGCAGGAUCUCAUGUGUUUUUACAGAACAGAUUCGAUGGUGAGUCCGUAUCUAAGGUUACAGAACAGUCAAGAUUUAAUGGUAAGACAGACAAUACCUUAACUUCCGGUUCGAGUGAUAGCAGUAAUUCAGCAUUUGAGAAACUAGCAACAAUAUUACAAGAAGGGUUUAACUUACCAAAGCCCGAAUUAUUAACAUUUAAUGGUUCUGCGAUAGAUUAUUGCAAGUUUAUCAAGAAUUUUGAGACAAACGUAGAGGCAAAAGUAAGUGAUGAUAGACUUAGAUUAAGCUACCUUAUUCAAUAUUGUAAUGGUGAGGCGAAAUCAUGUAUUGAAGAUUGCGUUUUGUUAGAUUCAAAUGAAGGGUACAGACAAGCUAAAGCUAUUUUACAGUCACGUUAUGGUAGGCCACAUGUAAUUGCCAGAAAUUACAUUGAUAAACUGUUGUAUGGCCCUCAAAUUAAAGCGUCUGAUAUUGACGAACUAUCUAAGUUAGCAUUAGAUAUGCAAAGAUGUCAUAUGACCCUAUCCCAAUUAGGUUUUGUUUCUGAUGUAAAUAAUUCAGAAAACUUAAGACGAAUUGUUAGACGUUUGCCUAUGCAUAUGCGAACCAAGUGGGCAGAUAUUGCACAUACAAUCUAUGAGUGCGGCAAAGAGCCGAGAUUCUUUGAUUUGUUGAAAUUUGUUGAAGAAAGAUCACGUGUUGCUUGUUCGGUAUAUGGUAUUGAUAUUGUUAAAGAAAAUGUACCAUCCCAAGUAAGAAAACAGCCCCAUAGUCUGCCUAGUACUUCUGUUAAAGGCAAAAUAACUACCUUGUCGUCAUAUACUGAAAGUGAUAAACACAAGAACGAAAGAAAAUGUUAUUGCUGCUCUGGUUCAUGCUUAGACUUAGCAUCAUGUCAUAGAUUUAAGAAAAUGACUUUAACAGAUAGAAAGAAAUAUGUUGUUAAGAACAGAUUGUGUUUCAAUUGUCUUAAACGCAAUCACAUGUCUAAUGAAUGUAGGAAAGAAAAAUCAUGUACUAUACCUGAUUGUAGCAGCAAACAUCACACAUUAUUACAUAGCUGGUUCCCGGUAGGUUCUGAUAAAUCUGUAACGCAACCUUCAAUAAAUUGUACGGCCACAAAUGGCUCAUUUUCUAAAACAUGUUUGGGGAUUAUACCUGUAACUGUUAAGGGUAGGGACGGUUACUUCUGUCAAACAUAUGCCCUGCUUGACGAUGGCGCAGACAAAACCCUGUGUGACGAAAAGCUUAUAAGGAAGCUGAAUAUAUCAAGUAGGCCAGUUACUUUCCAGAUUUCAACUGUUAAUUCAACAAGGAAUGCAAUACACGGAAAAGAAGUUGACCUAACUGUGAGUCCUAUUUCCGGUGAAAGUGAAGUGAAGCUUCACAAUGUUUGGACAGUAAAACAAUUGCCUAUUUCUACGCGAUCUGCAGCUACUGCCGAUGAUAUUAGAAGUAUACCAUAUUUAAGUGACUUGAAUAUUCCUUACGUGAACGUUAAUGAAGUCAUGUUACUAAUUGGCACAGAUACACCGGUAGCACAUAUUCCCCUAGAGAUACGAACAGGAAGUAGUAAUGAGCCAUAUGCUGUGAGAACGCAACUUGGUUGGGCAGUUCGUGGACCAAUACCAUGCAAUAAUUCAAAACAUUAUAAAACAGACAACAGAAGAACCCCAAUUAACAUUCAUUUCGGUCAGUCAAGUGACGCCAUACUACAACAACAACUUGAACGUAUGUGGACGUCAGACUUCAAUGACGCAACCUAUAAUGAGAAAAAUUCCAUGUCAGUUGAAGAUAAGAGAGCACUUGGAAUUAUGGAAUCUACACUUUCUCAUGUUAAUGGACACUAUGAGAUGGGAUUACCAUGGCGACAGGAUGACACAAAAUUGCCGAAUAAUUUAGUGCUUGCGCAUGCGCGAUUGAACCACCUGAAAAGAAAACUUUCUCGUGACAACGUGUUACAUGAGAUGUAUACCAAAACAAUGACAGACUAUAUUGAUAAAGGAUUCGCAAAAGAAGUGACAAAUAAAGAUACGAACUCUGAACAGAUAUGGUAUUUACCCCACCAUCCUGUAGCCAACGUGAAUAAGCCCGGAAAAGUGCGUGUUGUAUUUGAUUGUGCGGCAAAAUAUAAAGGUAUUUCACUAAAUAGUCAACUUUUACAAGGUCCUGAUAUGAUGAACAGCCUUGUAGGCGUAUUAACCAGAUUUCGACAAGAAAAGAUAGCUCUUUCCGCUGACAUAGAGGCAAUGUUUCAUCAGGUACGUGUAUGUGAGAAGAACUGUGAUGCCCUAUAUUUUCUAUGGUGGCCUGGUGGAGAUUUAUCUAUAACACCCAUGACUUAUUGUAUGAACGUCAACUUAUUUGGAGCAACUUCUUCUCUGGGCUGCGCUGCGUAUGCGCUGAGAAAAACUGCCAUUGACAAUGCAGAGAGAUUUGAACCUGCAGUAUUAUCAACUGUAAAGAGAAACUUUUACGUAGACGACUACCUGAAGUCUGUAGAAUCUGAAGAUAAAGCUGUUAAACUUGCAGCAGAUUUACAGUCCCAGAUGAGCUUAGGUGGCUUCAGACUUACAAAGUGGAUGAGGGUACUUAAUACGAUUCCGGAAUCUGAACGUGCGCAGACGGUCGUUAGCCUCUGCCAUAGAGACUUACAUGUAGAUUACAUUUUGCUUGUGGUAGACAAUAGUGUUCCUAUAGGACAGUGGCCACAAGGCAGAGUAACCGAAGUCAUUAAGGGUAGGGAUGGGCAUAUUCGUAAAUGUAAAGUUCAAACUAGGGACUCAGCUAUGAUAAGGCCAAUCACAAAGUUGUGCCUUUUAGAAUGUGCAGACUAA